AUGAAGGCCGGUCUCAUUCUCCUCACUGCUGCAGCUUCCGUCUCCGCCCACUCAACAUGGCAAGAUCUGUGGGUCGGAAGUGAAGACAAGGCGACCAGCUGCACACGCACAGUUGCAAACAAUAAUCCCAUCUCAAGUCUCACGAGCGCAGACAUGUUCUGCGGUAUCGGACCAGCAAAGUCUAGUGGAGUGUGUGAAGUCGCUGCCGGAUCUGCGCUCACAGUUGAGAUGCACGCCCAACCUGGUGACCGCAAGUGUACUCAGCCUGCUAUCGGUGGUAAUCACUACGGACCCGUCCUCAUCUACAUGGCCAAGGUCGCAGACGCAAAGACCGCAACCUCAGGCUCCUUCUUCAAAGUUGCAGAAGACGGCUACACAGGCACAACCGCCUCAUGGGGUACCGAGAUUCUCAAUGCCAAUUGCGGAAAGCGAGCUUUCACCGUUCCCAAGAACAUUGCCUCAGGCGAUUAUCUGGUUCGCGCAGAGGCUAUUGCGCUACAUGCGGGUGCUGGUAACCCCCAGCCAUAUGUUUCGUGUUUCCAGGUCAAGGUCACUGGUGGAGGUAGUGCGAACCCCACGGGUGUCAGCUUCCCAGGUGGCUACAAGAUUAGCGACCCGUUGUUCACCAAGUCAAUCUACGACUCGAGUUUCAAUGCAAACGCAUUGUACUCCACACAUAGUCAAAAGGCCUAA